AUGCCUCCUCCGUCUAUAGGAGCGGAAAUCCCAAUAGGGUCCGGAAGUAUACCAUUGGGUGGGAUUAUUGGUAUUGCCAUUGGCGGUACUAUCCUGUUGAUUGUGCUUGGAGUUACAGCAGUCACAUAUGUAAAACGAAAUCAUCGAAAUGCAAUCAAACUUCGCGAAGAUAAAGGUCAAGAUAACAAAAACACGAGUUCAGCUGGGCAGGUAAACCUAUCCCCGUAUUCAAUUCCUCUAUUCGCAACUUCUUACCAUUACCUACCGCCUAGGAAUGUCCCGGGUCGGCGUGGUACGGCGAAGAACACAAGCUUUAUUGAUGAUGAUGACGAUGAGGAGGAUGAAAAUGUUGUCAGACCGGGUACGAAGAGAUCAUCCGGGCCUAAGCAUCUCUUUCAAAAGCAUAGGUCUAGUAUCAGAGAUUCAUGGCCAUUGGCAUCCAGAAUUCAGACGCCCGCAACAUCACUCCCCCAUGCCCAGUCAGAGAAAAACAUACGAAUUAAUUGUGUCGCCCCACCAGGCUAUGUUCUUCAGGAGCCGCAGCGUCCGAAAAGGACGUUUUCGAGGAAGUCUCAUGUCAGGAAUUCGGAUUCUGUCGAAGAUAUCACAAUAGUCAAUGGAGAGCCUAGAGCACCCCGUGGCAGGAGUCGAUCCAACUCAGAGAACCAAUUAUCUUCAAUAUUAAAAUCAACAUCUCAACGUCUCAGGGACACGCACAGGCAAUCUGUGAGGAGAAGUUGGAGCAAUCUAGGGAGAUUUCCAGGAUCACCUCCUAAGCAAAGGCUACCUAGUCCACCGUUGAACAAAGCGACAGAGAGCAGAGAAGUUCUUCUCGCACCUGAAUGCUCUACGCCAGACAUCACUUUCUAUAAAGCAAUAGAAUCACCACGAACUCCAAGUCCGGGAAAGAGAGUUCCGCGAGCGGCUGGUAAAGCAUUCAAGAACCGAGGGCGGUCGCCGACACCAUCUGGAGAUUCAGACGACAGCCUCUGUGGCAUCGAUACACCUGAUCUUGUCAUUCCAGCGCAGCUAACGUCACCAUGUAAAAGUGGACGAAGAUUUGAACAGCGCCAUCAAAUGAAUCUUUCUCCUACCAAGGGCUCUAAUGGAGAAGUAAAGACAAACCGAAUCUCUAAAACAUCACUCACAAAUGAUCCAUUCUUCUCUUCGGUUAAAAGAUCGAAAGUCAUCCCAUCUACUACUAUUCAUGAGCCACAACCUCGCUCCAUGAGAAAGGCUACUUUCGGGCAGGAAGAGAUACGAGAGCAAGCAAUGGAUCAUGGUGACUUGCCAUUAAAGGACAUCUCAGGAAAUUUAAAAAGGUCACUGGUCAAGGAACCUCGAUCUCCUUUAACGUCGACUGAGCUCAACCCGUUCCAGUGGUCACCAAAAGCGGCUAUGCAAAAUCGACCCAUGACAGCAAGUCCUAAUAAGAUCAUAUCGAAGAGAAAGGGGCAUAAGCGUUCGAAUGUGAUACGAAUGUCUGGUUUAUCUAGACCAACAAGUGUUAGUGUGGUUCAUGAAGAGUCGGAAGGGGACUCUCCUGGCAUGACAAUGAUAAUAUCUCGACCAACUCUCCGUGUAGUCGAGCCAAGUCCUUCGUGUGCUUCACUCGCCAGCCGACAGUCUAGUGCUAUGCCUCGACCUCCGUCAGCUUCUACCUUCAAUCCCAGUAUUUAUAUACCUUCUUUGAAGCCAGGCUCACGAAAGGUGUCAUUAAGUCGUGAAAGGUCUACGACACCACCUCCUUUGAGGAUUAGUCGGACUUACAACAUUCCUCAACUCAAACCAGUGGGAAAACAUACACCACCCAAACGAGAAGUAUACACCCCUACCCCACCACCUUCAAAAGUCGACUCAAUCCUCAGCGUUCCUCCAUUGAAGCCAAUAGCACGAUACGUAUCUGGGUCGUCAAACCCCGAUGAAUACUCCCCAACAUUAUCAGUCUGUAAUUACUAUGCCGAGAACUUAAAUUCUGAAGUCGAGUUCUUCAAGCACGCCCGAUCAUCACUUGCCAUGAAGUCUCAAGUCCGGCGUCACAUACAGAACAUUGAUGAAGAAAUCAUAAGUCCUGAUACCCCAACGGAUACUUUGGUUUCCUUUCCGGCACUGCCACCACCAGAACCUGUCAUUGAAGAAGACAAAAUUCAUCACCCUGAUGUUCUGGAAUCUUGGAGAUCAAAACGUCCCCCAUCACUAGCUAGCAAUCCUUCGAAUUUUUCCCGAAUACCAAGCUCGACUAUCACAAACUCAAGAGCGCUGAGCCCUAAGCGAGCGCCUUUCAAUGAAAUUCCGAAUGAUAGACCACCUAGCCAUGCACGAUUCUCUCGGUCCUCAACUAACACCUCUAACAACGCAUCGGUACUCGGCCCCAGACCUUUCUCUCGCGCAAACCCUCCGUCCCCAUUGACUAUUCCGUCCGCAUCCUUACCUGCACCGCCAAUCCUCAGCGUGCCUUUACCAAUUCCUGUUCAUCUUAGCGGACCCCGACCAGAACCUUACAAAUCUGGAUCACGUAGCACUGCCAUGAUCACUCUUGCAUCAAACACGCCCAACUCUACUCGCGAGUCAAUUGCUACGAGCAUUGGCCUCUUGCGUCGAAUGAACUCCGAGAUCUCUGGUAUCAGUGCCGGUGAUACCGAUUCUUCUCCGAUGGUGCCUGGAAUUGGUCUUGACUGGAGCGAGCGUCAUCUUACGAGUCGUUCAUCUCGAUUCUACCUCUCAAUCGGUUCACCCACCGAAGGUGCAGCUGUUCCAAGUCACCGGUCCUCUCUCAGUAUGCUCUAUCCGAAUUCCUAUUCUGCAUAUUCCAACUCGUAUUUUCCUCAAGGAAACGAUUCAAGUACUAGCAUCAACAGUAUUAGUGAGAGACGCCAGUCGCGGAGUGAUCUAAUGAAUCCCAAUUACGGAAAUCUGCAAGAGAUACUUGAGGGUAUCAGCGCAAGUCGUGAGGGAAGCAGAGGUGCAAGCACCGGAGGCAGUAGUCCAGUAGCAAUGGGGAGACACGGAUUAAACGUCAAGGAGAAGAAAUUGUCAUUGACGAAUUUAACUAUCCUCCCUGAUGGGGGAUCGGUUACAUGA